AUGGUUAAAUUUUGGGAAAACCCAAUUGGAUUAGGUGUUAGCUCAUUCAAGACUGCUCUUCCACAACGUCUACAAAGGGAGGAUCUUCCCAGUCUACUGGAAAGAGUGAAGAGGAGUGACGAACAAGAGGUGAAGAGUAUUUACAAGCAUUACAGUAGAAACUACCUCGAAGCCUUGGAGAAGUACAAGGAUAAACCUAAUCAUUGGAAACAGCUAAGUGAGGCGCAUAAAGUGGCAUUAUCCCUUCAUGAGGUGGAAGCUGGCCUCAAGCUUGCUGAUUUGAAGAGCCAUGCCAAAGGUUCUCUCUGA